CGCGGCGCGGGGCAGAGCGGUUGGUCUCCUCAGACGUUCUCGAGGCAGCUGGAGGCGGGGCCGUGACCCGCUGGCAGCUCGGAGCGAGCCGGGCGGCCGGAACGAAAGAGCGUCCGAGCGCCAUGAUUCCUCUGGAGAGGCCGGGCAGCGGCGGCUCUUCCCCGGCCGCCGCCCCCGGCUCGGGUCGCGUCGGCCGGGGUCUGAGCACACCACGCCGGCUGCCGCCCCCGCCCCGCGGGCUGCUGACGGAGAUCCGCACCGCGGUGUGCACCGAGCCCUUCCAGGACGCCUACAGCCUGAGCCCGGGCCGGGAGCUGGGCAGGGGGAAAUUUGCAGUGGUGAGGAAAUGUAUAAAGAAAGAUUCUGGAAAAGAAUUUGCAGCAAAGUUCAUGAGAAAAAGAAGAAAAGGCCAAGAUUGUCGGACAGAAAUAAUUCAUGAAAUUGCUGUUCUUGAACUAGCACAGGACGAUCCUUGGGUCAUUGAUUUACAUGAAGUCUAUGAGACGCCAUCGGAAAUGAUCCUAGUUCUGGAAUAUGCUGCUGGGGGUGAAAUCUUUGACCAGUGUGUUGCAGACAGAGAAGAAGCCUUUAAGGAAAAAGAUGUUCAGAGACUCAUGAGGCAGAUUUUAGAAGGUGUUCGCUUUUUACACGCUCAUGAUGUAGUUCAUCUUGAUUUGAAGCCCCAGAAUAUUCUGCUGACAAGUGACUCUCCACUGGGCGACAUUAAGAUAGUUGAUUUUGGUCUUUCAAGAGUCAUGAAGAACAGCGAAGAGCUCCGGGAGAUCAUGGGCACUCCUGAAUAUGUGGCUCCUGAAAUUCUUAGUUAUGACCCCAUCAGCAUGGCAACGGAUAUGUGGAGCAUUGGAGUGUUGGCAUAUGUCAUGCUGACGGGAGUAUCGCCUUUCUUAGGCGAUAAUAAACAAGAAACGUUCCUCAACAUCUCACAGAUGAAUUUGAGUUAUUCUGAGGAAGAAUUUGAUGUUGUGUCUGAGUCAGCUGUUGACUUCAUCAAGACACUUUUAGUUAAGAAACCUGAAGAUCGCGCCACUGCUGAGGAAUGUCUGAAACAUCCAUGGCUAAUGGAGAGCAGUGUUCAGGAACCUUCCCUCAAGGUGAAAGGGGCAUUAGAAGAGGCACAGGCCCUCCAGGAAGGCGAUUCUGUGCCUGAAAGUAAUUCAGAUACUCAGAAGCCGGAAACCGAGGAAUCCGUCGUCACAGAGGAGUUGAUUGUAGUUACUUCAUAUACUUUAGGACAAUGCAGACAGUCUGAAAAAGAGAAAAUGGAGCAAAAGGCCAUUUCCAAACGAUUUAAAUUUGAGGAACCUUUGCUGCAAGACAUUCCGGGAGAUUUUAUCUACUGAGCAGUAUUUCCCUUUAGAACUUUAAGAUUUCUACAUUGGAAACAUUAUUUAUGGACUUCUGGCCAAAUGGUACAUGUGCUGAAAGUGGAUGACCAGGUGUCACUGGUAGAAACUAAAAUAACUUUGUCAAACUUGUGGAGUUAGAGAAAUCAAGCCAGAUUUAUAAAGUUGCCAACCAGGAGGUUUAACGGGUAAAGUUAUCCUUUUCAAAGUUCUUUUUAAGAAGGGAGAUGCUUGAACCUUUUAUUUCUGCAUCCUGUUUCUCCAGAAUGAGAAUUUGUAUGCAAAGAUAUCUGUAGUCACUUUCCUUAAAAAUCCAAGUAAAAGUGCCAAAAUUAACAUCUUUGUAAAUUUGUUUUGCAUUAUUCAUAUGUAUAUCUAUAUCUGCAUAUAUGUAUGUUGAUAUCUUUACUAAAAUUGAUACUUUUUCACUUUGGAUUUUUGGAGGGGACUAAGAUUUUAAUUUAAAUAGGUAUUUUGCAAAUUUUUGAGACCUAGAAUAACAUCCACUAGUUUAAUAAUGUCUUAUUUUUAUAUUUUAUUACUGCUUUAUGUUGACUUGUUUUGGCUUCUGUUGUUUUUUUCCUAAUGCUCUGCAACCCUAUCAGUGAGAAACCCUGGCUAAUUUUUUUUUUUUUUUUCUUCAACAUCACUAGUAAGAGUGGUGGUAAAAAAAAAAAAGAGUGGUGGUGAUUUUUCACCUCUGAAAUUGUUCUGGUUUUCAAGGUCAAGGUUAAGUCACCCUGUAAUGUUAAACCAGUGUCGGCUCCGCGUGUCCCUCAUCACACCUUCCUUGUCUACCCUCUUUCACAGGCUGCACCCCUGCCGCCUCCUCACACGCUUGUCGCCUGACUUUGGUCUCUUGCGAGAGGCAGUGUGAUCUGAUCAACACAGUGGUGCUUCGGUCAGUGAAAAGACGCUAUUAUGUUGUUUUUGUUAAUAAAAUCCCCAGGAAUCGGGGAAGAAAUACAAAGCACAUUCAUGCUGGCCAUCGAGCCUCUGCUUCUGCUGAAUUUCAUAUUAGCCCCCACGCAAUACUAGGAAAAGCAGUAAAAUGCCAGAAUAUUUAUAAACCUUUACUUUGUUCAUAAACGAUUUGACAUUGGAGACUUUGUCAUUAGGGAGGUACCCUAAGACUUGUAAGAUUUAUAAGAAUAUACUCAGUAGCGUUUAAUUUACUUAGGAUUGAACACUUCAGCUGUAUCUGGGCCCACGGUGAACAAAUGCCUAUUUAAAAAAGUGGAAAUGUAAAAGCGUAUGCUGUAUAAUUUAAAGCAACUAAAUAUUCUUCUUACACAGAA